AUGGCCUCCAUACGUCAUGAGUCUCUUGACCGUGAGGACCGCGAGGAUGCCCCAUUCCUCGACUCCCCCGAUUUAAGCACCCCGGGCUCAGCCCAUCGCCAUGUUUCUAGCAAGCCCAGUAUAGGAAGCCACCCAUUCAAGGCCAAUGCCUCUGCUAGCACCAUCACCUUUCGCCUCAAGGUGACCCUAUUCGCCAUGGUCCUCGCAGUUGAGAUCGGCUUUGCUUUCCUGGAGGGCCCCAUGGUCCGAAUCAUGGAGUCUAUUGCUUGUCGUCAGUAUUUCUUGGGUGUGGAUCCGACUAAGAUCGGUGCGGAUGGACAAGUGCCCGAGGCCAUGUGUAAGAUUGGCGAGGUGCAAGCUGAACUGGCGGCUGUGAAGGGCUACCAUAUGUUCUUUGAUGGAUCACUGAGCGCCCUAUUGGCGAUUCCCUAUGGUCUGCUGGCAGACCGUCGUGGCCGCAAAUCUACCCUCGCCUUGUCUCUUCCCGGGUUUGGGUUGAACGCCUUAUUUACAAUCCUCAUAUUGUGGUUCUCGGAUAUAUUUCCCCUGCGUGCGCUUUGGUUUACUGCCUUGACGUGGUUGUUUGGGGGUGGUCCAGUCGUGUCGUUCGCGAUUAUCUGGACCAUGAUGGCCGAUGUAACCAACGAGUCGGAAAGAGCGGAACUCUUUUUUCAAUUUGCCAUCGUAUCGAUGGGUGCCGACUUCGCGUCAAGUGCUGUUAGUUCUUAUCUGAUGACCUUGAAUCCUUGGAUACCGUUGGUGGUUGGAUUCGCAAUUGUAAUGGCCGGAAUGAUGCUCAUUUUGGCCCUACCGGAAACGAAGCAUGCACUGCCACCCCGGAAAGCUGAACCAACUCAUGUGGAGAUGUCGGAUUUGACACAUGACACCGAGCCAAAAAAUUCUAUACAUAUCCCUCGCGUACCCGAACCAUAUCGCGCAGAACCCGACAUGAAUGGUGAUCAUGACGACGAACCGCCUUCUUGGAGUAUCCAAUCAUACUCGCACCGAUCUAUUCUGGCAAAGUUUCGCGCAAAUUACCGCUUUUACCUUAGACCCUACCGCUUCAUUCUCAACCGAAAACCAGUGCUCCUCCUUCUCACUGCGUUCCUAGUCUACCGCCUGAGCCGAGGCUCAUCUUGGUUCUUGACCCAAUAUAUAUCGACACGUUAUUCAUGGACACUGGCACAGGCCAACUUCUUGGUAUCUGCUCGUCCGACUGUGUCAAUCCCCCUGUUCCUCUUUGUCCUACCUUUCCUCAAAAGACGAGUCGUGAAUCCCCGACUUUCCUCAACAGAAAAAGACCUCUGGCUAGCGCGGCGCAGUAUAUUCUGUCUUACUGUUGGAACCCUCGGAAUCGGCCUCUCCCCAACCAUUGCGACCCUGAUCCCCAGCAUGAUUGUCCAGACCUCAGGAUCGGGCUUCGUUUUCCUUGCCCGCUCCAUCAUUACCACUUUGGUUGAACGUGAUGAGACUGCUCGCUUGUUUACUGCGAUUGAGAUUAUCCAAUCAUUAGGAAAUGUGGUUGCGAGUUUAUCCAUCACCACCGUUUUCCAGAUUGGGCUGCGUCUCGGUGGAGUUUGGAUUGGUCUCGCGUGGAUGAUGACCAGUACGCUCUUUUGUUUGGUCGGGGUAGCCAUCUGGUCUUUUAAUCUUCCUCCAAGUCCUCCGACACCGGACUUUGCGGAGGAUUAUGACGGGGAUGACAGGGCGUGA